UGCACUGUGUCUUUAAGCCUCAGUGAAAUCCAUCAGGGGAGUCGCAGCCUACAGGAGCAGUGUGUUUGUGCGCUCAGUGCAGUGGAGGGACCUGUUCCGUGUUAUUACAGUGGAUGGGAUCUGGUGCUUUUUCAAGCGCGGGAUCGUUUGUUCGUGCACUUCAAACACAUGGAGUAGAGCAAAAGACUUCAAAACAGCCUAACCAUGAAGUGCUCCUGGGUUGUUUUUAUUUCCUCAUAUUUUCUUUUGCUGCCACUAACAGUGUGGUGUGAACCAGUCAUCUCUCCCAGUGGGCCUCACAUAGUUGUUCCCAAGGGAGGGAAGCUGGAGCUGCGUUGCCAUGACAAUGCCACAACGUCUGGCCCCCUGUCCAAGUUGAGGUGGCAGCGGGAGAAAGCGCGCAGGGUGGAAGGAGAGACGGAGGAGGGUGGAGUGGCUUAUGUCAAGGUGUCAGCAGUGCACGCCUACCACAUGGGCCGUUAUGUGUGUGUCAACAACAGCACACUGGAACACAGUUCAAUCUAUGUUUAUGUCAAAGACCCCCAGAAUAUCUUCCAGCGCACCAUGGUGAAUGUCAUCCUGGUACGUGCAGGCGAGGACUGCACCAUCCCCUGUAUUGUGACCAACCCUGACGUCACUCUGGUGGCUUUGGAGACCUGUGAUGGACGACCUUUGCCCUACAGUCUGAGUUACCACAGCAACCUCCAGCGAGGCAUCAUCAUCAGCAAUGUGAGAAAGGAAUAUGAAGGCUGUUACAUAUGUGUUGGACAGCUUGGUGGAGUCCAAGUGAAUUCUAGCGCAUACAUGGUGGAUGUACGACUUGUUCCAGAGGUACCGCCAGUGAUCACACUGUCCCAGAAAGACACCAUUAUCCUAAGGAAAGGAGAACAGUUUGACCUCACCUGUAGCUCCAUCAACAUCAACCCAGAUUUCAGUCUCAGUUGGGACUUUCCUUCAACAGCGCGUCCUUAUGAAACCCAGGCCUCACACAUCCUGCCUGGCUCCCGUGGUUAUCAGCGCGCCACCUCACUCUUGAUCACAGCUGUGAACAAAUCAGACUCUGGCACCUACCGCUGCUACGCCCUCAAUGAGAGAGGUGCCAGUGCCACGGUGCUGCAACUGGACAUUCGUGAUCAGGGGUUCAUUACCAUUUUAGGAAGUCCAAGUCCAGUCCAGGCAGAUGUUAAAGAGGGGGAGAGCCUGACCCUCAAAGUGGAGUUUGAUGCCUAUCCUUCACCUAGCUCCCUGUUCUGGUCUUACAAUGGCAAGCAGCUCUCCAACACCACAGAGCACGUUAUCACAAUCCACCGUCGCAAAUACAGAUACAUCAGCGAGCUGAGACUAGUUAGAGUUCUUGGCUCGGAGGGCGGGAUCUAUAAAUUCUCAGCCAGUCAUGAGGACGCAUCUGUCGAUCAUUCGUUCCACGUGUAUGUCAAUAGUAAGCCUGUUAUCAUUGCCCAGGAAGGGCCUGUCGAUGGACAGGUGCGGUGCAUUGCUGCAGGCUACCCGGUCCCUAAAAUCAGCUGGUAUCUUUGUGAGCUGCCCAACACAAGGUGCUCACACAAGCCCAAUGCCACCCAAUGGGAGACCCCAGAGGUUGCCACGGUGACAGAGUCUGCCUUUGGUAGGAGUGAAGUGGAGAGCCGACUGAACAUCAGCAAGGAGCACGCACACUACCACACCCUGGAGUGUGUGGCGAGUAUGGAGGGGGAGGAGGCAUACACACUGUUCUCUAUCAGUGAGCGCAUCGUCCCCCAUAAACUCUUCACGCCUCUUCUGGCUGGUAUGCUGGCUACUGGCAUCUUGCUCAGUCUUGUUCUAGUGGUGCUGCUCUAUAAGUACAUGCAGAAACCCAAGUUCCAAAUCCAGUGGAAGGUCAUUGAGAGUAUCCAUGACAACAGCUACAUCUAUAUUGACCCCACCCAGCUGCCGUAUGAUUCCAAAUGGGAAUUUUCUCGUCAGAAACUACGCUUCGGUAAAACACUGGGGUCUGGGGCUUUUGGAAAGGUAGUAAGGGCCACAGCAUAUGGACUCUGCUCUGCAGACACUGUUACUACUGUUGCUGUUAAGAUGCUCAAACCUAAUGCUCACUCCACGGAGAAGGAGGCACUGAUGUCAGAGCUGAAGGUCCUCAGCUAUCUUGGACACCACGUCAACAUCGUUAACCUACUGGGAGCCUGCACUGUCGGAGGCCCAAUUUUGGUGAUCACAGAGUACUGUUGCUAUGGCGACCUCCUCAACUUCCUGCGCAGAAAAAGAGAGUGCUUCUUAAACUCCCAAGUUGGUGAUGGUUACUAUCGCAACGUCUUAAACCAAACUGAGCCUACCAGGGAGGUGACUGGUGCAGGAUAUAUGCCUAUGCGUCCCUCUGAGAAAGAAAGGCCUUCUCAGUCAGAUGUCUUAGAUGAGCUGUCUCUGGAUGCUGAGGAUCUCCUCAGCUUUUCCUACCAGGUGGCAAAAGGAAUGGAGUACAUUACCUCCAAGAACUGUAUCCACAGGGAUCUUGCAGCCAGAAACGUUUUGCUGACUCAUGGCAGGGUGGCGAAGAUCUGUGACUUUGGCUUGGCACGAGACAUCACCACUGACGCCAGCUACGUGCUCCGGGGCAACGCUCGUCUGCCGGUCAAGUGGAUGUCUCCAGAGAGUAUUUUUGACUGUGUCUACACCUUUGAGAGUGACGUGUGGUCCUAUGGCAUUCUGCUCUGGGAAAUCUUCUCUCUGGGUAACAGCCCAUACCCUGGGAUGCAGGUGGGCUCGAGAUUUUAUAGGAUGAUUCAAGAGGGUCACAAGAUGAGCAGGCCUGAGUUUGCACCCAUUGAGAUGUAUGACAUGAUGAUGUCUUGCUGGAAUCAUGACCCUUUGAAAAGGCCUUCAUUUAGAAAAUUAGUGGAGAGGACUGAACUACUGCUAUCAGAAAAUACCAAGAAUGUGUACCUGACACUGAGCAAUGCUCCAGCUCCUCCAGUGCAGGAGAGGGCACCGUCACGGAGGCUGAGCUCUGUCUGCAGCACCACAGCCCCCACCCAGCCUUUAUUGCAAAGCACGGCUGACGUCUUCGUGGACUAUGUCUGACACACACAUUCUCACAUACAUAUGCCCAAACGCAAUGCUACAAAACAUACAACUCCCCUACCUCCCUGAUCAUUUUCUCCUUUUACUGCACAAACUACAAAAGCCAAAUACACUCUGUAAACUACUAACAACACAGUCACUCUAACUCUCCAACGCUGGCCUUUCUGCAUCACACACACACAAAUAGACACACAUAGAUACUGAUAUAUACAAGCCUGCUCCAGGCUCUAAUCAUUGCCCUCUAUCUAAUAUUCCCAUUGACAUACUGAUUCAAAGGGUAGGUAUUUCAGAUGCAUGACUAUUUAAAGCAGAUUCCAACACUAACCAUCCAUCAGAUGCAUCAGCAGCAGGAGUUUUAGAUUACAUCUUAAAACACUUUGGGGAAACAGACUAUGCGUAUAGGUAAAUGCCCAACCUUGGGAGAUGACAUUGGACUGAGGCAUAAAAGGGCAGAGUUGGUGCUGCGACGACAAGAGUAAAAGAGAUCUUUGUGUCAGACUUGUCUAGAAUUUUAAACAAACAAUACAACAUUUGGGUAAAUACAUUUGUUUGCUUUGUUGCUGGGAAUUAGGUGAGACAUUGUGUUAAGUAUGGAGCUAGAGCCAGUAGGCAGUAGGUUAGAAACAUUGAAGAAUACUGAGUAACACGUUACAGCUCAGUCGUUUAAACCGUACAAAAACAUUUAGGUGCACAAACAAGGAUUAUAGGUGGAACUUUACUAACAAGUCACUGCUUCAAAAUGUUACUAGGUGAGCUUGCUUCCUGUAGACAGAGCCAGGCUAGCUGCUUCCCUGGUUUCACUAUGUAUGCUAAGCUAAGCUAACUAUAUCCUGGCUGCAGCUUCAUAUUUAACAGAGCUAUAAGACUGACAAAACUCUUAUCUACUGUAUAUCUCAGCAAGAAGGCAAAUAAGUGUAUAUUCCAAAAUGCCAAAAUAUUCCUUUAAAAUUCUUUAUUCACAGAAAGAGUUAUUAGAUUAACAAAUAAGAGGUUGUCAGCAUCUACUUUAAAACAGGUUUUAGGUGGGCUUAGGGAAAAAAGACCCUCUGACGAGCCAUAACAAGGUCGUAGAUGACAACUCCUGAUAAAAAAAGAGCUGCAAGCUACAGAAACACUUAUUCCCACCUGUGUUGUAGCUUGGAAUACUGUGACUUAGAAGAAAGUAAGGGGUGUAUUGUAUUGCAUAUAUGUAAUUUAUGGAUAGCUUUAGUUUUGUCUCUUUAGCAAAGUCAUUAUAGCCCGGCGUUUAGAACUGAACGUGUGCUCUUUUCACUUCAUGUAUGUCAAACAUGUAUGCAAUGUAAAUACUAUAGAGAUGUGCCUUUUUUUAAUACUGAAUGCAUUUGGUUGUGACACUGUUAUGUGAGACAACAGUCAGAAGAGAACUUCUUUAAGCUGGUUUUGAGGUCCUUGCAGUUUUGAUACAGUUUGGUUGACUUGUAAUAAUAAAGAAAGUACCU